AUGCCGGGCUGUGCAACCCAGAAGCCCCCUGCAGACCAGCGCCACCCCCGCAGGCAUAACUCCUCUUGGUCCUUUUUCCUUGCGGGGGUCUCAUUUCGACCUCAACUGGGUCGGGCCGACCCCUGGCCCCGCGGUUCUCCCUCCCCCGGAGUCACCGUUCCCUGCGGUGCGCCCAGGCUCUCGGAGCGCACAGGCCACGCGAAAUCUGAGAGGUUCGGGCUCUAUAUAGGGGGCGAGAUUCGGAUAAUCGGUCCCUCAACAACCUUGGUCUUGGGGGUAGAUUUCGUGCCAGCUGCUCUAAGUUACGACUUUGAUUGA